AUGAAAGAAAUAACACCAAAACAAAGAAAACCAAUUGAGCCUAAGCCACAUCUAGCUUUCAAGCCUUCUUUCUUAGACGUAAAACUUAAAGAGCAAUACCUCGAUCCUCAUUUUAAAGAAAAACUAAAAGAAAUGUGAGCCCGAGAAGAUGCAAAAAAUAAUCAGCAAAAUUCAAUAAUUAAUCAUUUUAUGCAUCCGUUUAUCAAAGCCUCCAAAAAUACACAAAUGAAGCGAUCUUUGGUCAGUCAGCACGUUUCCCCAAUUUCCUCUAGCUCUAUGAAUUCUCCUAACAGCGGUGAAGAUCUCAAUCGAUCUUCUUCAAUGCACAACAUGCACAUUUCUUAUCUAAAUUUAGACAAAAAAGACAAAACCAGCCAGAAAGCAUUCACAAAAACAUUUUUUAAUAAAUCCCCUGGGCCAACUAACUCUGAGACCAUGGUUAUUUCUGGGGUAAGACCAAGACAGGAAAGCCCUAUUAUUCGAAACGGAAAACUGUUCAGGUCAAGAGAUGUAGGAGAGUCCAAGGCUUCUUUCUAUAUAAAUCCACAAACAACUGAUAGAAAAGAAACCUUAAAGCAAGAAAACUAUGAUAUUUUACAGCCGAUUAAUGUUCGUUGCUUUGACUCAGAAAUUAUUCCUAAGUCUAAAAGUCAGAAUUUCACGAUCAAAGAAGUGCUAACAUAUAUAUCGACCCAACAAAAGAAGAGAUUUAAAUAUUAG